AUGACCACCCGAGCCGUCGUCGUCGUCGUCUUCACCCGGUCUCUUCUUCCUCUCUUCUUCUCUCCCCAGAGCGAAGAGCCUCUCAACACCACCACCACCACCACCACCACAACCCCCCCCUCUCUCCCCCCUCUCUCCUCUCCUCUCUCCCCCCAACACCCCUUCCUAAAGUCUCACCCUCCGCCCCUUACAUCAUGUCCAAAGCGCCCCCACCCCCACGCGCCAAAUCCGCCACCGACGUCCGCCGCACGCUCUUCCGCUCCCUCUCCCGCACCGGCCCCUCCACGCUCGCCCAGCGCCAGCAGCAUCCCCGCCGCCACCGUCGCUGGUGCUGCCGCCGACCACGCCGACGCCGACGACGAGGCCGCCGCGCCAGAGGGUAUUGUGGUGCGGCGCAAGGACGGCAGCAUGGAUCUGGAGGUGCCGCUGACGACGACGCAGCAUGCGCAGUUGCUCGAUGGAAUUGGGAGGGAGCUGGCGGAACAGCAGCGCGUGGCGGCGGAGCUGGUGAAGAGGCAUCAGGUCGAUGCGUAUAAGAAGCUUCCAGAGCUACUGAGACUACAAGUACUCUCCCUGGCACAGGACAGCUGGAUGUUUGAGUCGGACGAGGAGUGCUGA